UAGUGAAGCACACAGUCAGUAUAGAACCUCUCUGUUUGAGAGAACGACAUCAUGGAAACCAAGAGCGCUCUCCACAAUCACAUGGAGCUGCACACGUCUCCAUCAACAUCACCCUGCUCUGGAGCUGAUCUGAAGAUGAUGAUUGCCAGGAGAGACGGCGAGAUUCAGCGUCUGCGAGAGGAAGUUCAUCGUCUUCAGCGUCUGCUGCAGGAAGUCCAGGAGAGAACAGCCAAUCACGUCACGCUGCUCCAACAACAACUGACCAUUAAAUCACGAGAUGUUGAGAUACUUCAGGCCAGGUUACAAUCACAGCACGACUCUGUAAAGAUCAAAGCUGAACUCAGCAGUCUUCAGUCACUGAAACAACCCGCAGCUAAACCGGUCUCUUCCCCAGCACCAGAUGUUUGUGACAUGUCAGUGAAGCAAAGUGCAGCUUUAUAUUCGCAGUCCACUGGUGACCAUGGUCCUGAAGUGCCAGUAGAGUUUCAUCAGGACUCAUGGAGUGAGCCGUCCGCUGAUAUCUCUGACCUUAGUGCAGUCAACAAAAGAUCAUCAUCAUCAUCAUCUCUGAUCCUCCAAACGGCUGUCAAAGAAGAGACAUCAGCAUCCUGUAAGUACAGCAUCAGUGAUGAGGACGAUGUUUAUGACACUGAGUCUGAUGAGGUCAUGGAUCAAGACGAAGGUGAGCUCGACACUACCAGAAUCACCCAACAGGUGAAAGAGUUUCUUCAGACGCACAACAUCGGCCAGCGAGUGUUCGGACACUGUGUGCUGGGGCUUUCUCAAGGGACCGUGAGCGACAUACUGGCCCGACCCAAACCCUGGAGCAAACUGACCGUCAGAGGCAGAGAACCCUUCAUACGAAUGAGGAACUUUCUGUCCAGUGAACGCAACAUUCAAACACUCGGCAUCAUCGGAGACGGGCAGACAGUGGAAGAGAACGACAGGAGAUCUCCGGGUGUGGAAGAUGCGUCAGACAAAAUCAGGAAAAUUCUUGAGCAGGCCAAACAUGAGAUGCAUCUUUCAUCGCAUACGACCAGCGAGAUGUGCACGACACGGCGUGAGAAUUCCCCGGUGAAGCCGAAUGAGGUGCAUUCUGAAAGACUCGAUCCCAGCGGUGUGUCCCCAACAGAUUUUGUCCAAAGCAUCAUCCACAAGGUCCAAGGUGAAAUCGACAGAAACCCGUACGCCUCCAUCAAUCCAUUACACUCCUGGUCUCCUCCUCCGGGUCAAGGGUCAUUCCGGACGCUUCCUGUUGAUUCAGAACAAAGAUUUUACAACAAAACGAUACCGGCGCAGAAAAGGCCUCGAGAGGAAGGAUUGAUACCACAACCGUGCCGUCUUGACCGUUUGGCUGUUGAAAGCUGUGGGGAAAAUCAACAGCUAGCUCAAGACCAGAAUGCAGGACUGACUUUGCACGGUCCUGCUGGUGUUAACACCGGUCUGGACUGCCACCAGUUUCAGAGUCUUGAGUUGGACACAUUCAGCAUCACCAAAAGAGUCAAGGACAUUCUCACAGUCAACAAUCUAGGUCAGCGUCUGUUCGGCGAGACAGUUCUGGGUUUAACACAAAGUUCUGUGUCCGAACUGCUCUCUCAUCCCAAACCCUGGACAAAACUGAGUGUGAGAGGGAAAGAAAACUUCAUUCGUAUGAAUCGGUGGCUCCAGGACUCUCGCAAUGUCCAAAAGCUGAACACUAUGAAGAUGAUGGACCAGAGAGCUCAUCUCAAACGUGCUCUGAUCGCAUCACAUUUUGACUUGCAUGGAACCAUUUUUGACACAUCAGAAAAUGAGUUCAGUCUUCAUGAUCAUUCAGGAUUGUUUGAUGUGUCCAAGAGGCGGCGUGUGGUUCUCUCAUAUUGGGAGAAAGAAGCUUUAAAAACAGCCUAUCAGAAAGAGCCCUACCCCUCUCAACACACCAUAGAGAUGCUGGCAUCACAACUAAACCUUAAGAUUACUACUGUUAGUAACUGGUUCUGCAACUACAGGUCUAGAAGUAGACAAGAUACCUGUCAUGCUGAAACGGCUUCAUUAAAUGAAUCCGAACACACAAUCCAGAGUCCAACCAGUUUAAGUCCUGAUUCAGACAGCAGUCUCACUGGCCUGAACGCAAGUUUACUCGCAUUCAAACAAGAACCAGAUGAUGCUGAAAUAAAAGAAGAAACAGCACUACGCAAUCAUUAUGUUUCUGUCGGUGUUCAAUCUGACACGAAGGUAAAGCGAGAGGAUGAUGAUGAUGGACAGGUGUCACCUGCUUCUUCAUGAGCUGUGCGGAGAGGAAUGAUGCAGUCAUCCAUAAUGAACAAUAAACAAAGUUUCAGUCAAACACAACAAGAUUCCAGUAAAUAUGUAGCCUAUUUAUUUUUAUUUAAGAGGUUUAAACCCUGAUUGUGGUAUGUUAAUUAUUACUUACUGGUUAUAGAUUUGUGAGUACAAAUGGUAUUUCACUCAUAGUCGUCUUGGUUUGGAGAUUAAAUGAUAAA